GAUCACAAACCUUGCGUGGCUUUGUUUGAAGUAAUAAUAGUUCUGAAUUUUGACCACCGAGAGAAUUGUUCAGCCACAGUCUCACGUUACGUCGCCAGGUCAUCUUCUCUACUUUGUAGUGUUGGCCUGUUGAUGAUUGAUUCCUUCACUAGAUUUAAAAAAUAGUGCAGCAGAGGUCCCGUGCAUCGUGUGGACGAUGCUGCCUCUCCACAAAGAUGAUUCAUCCAACAAAGGAAAGAAAUUCAUUCCUGGCAUUAGCAUCUUGGCUCAGGCGACGAAUUGGGUCAAAUCUUUCUUAUCAAAGCCAGCAUCGAGAAAUCUCUUCUGCUUCCUGCUGUUGAACCUGACAUUUGCUUUUGUGGAGCUGAUUUAUGGAGCAUGGACGAACAGCCUGGGUUUGAUCGCCGACUCCUUUCACAUGUUCUUUGACUGCACGGCAUUGCUCGCUGGCCUGGUGGCGACGGUUAUCACGCGCUGGUCGCCGAACGAGCGCUUCUCCUACGGCUAUGUCCGCGCUGAAGUGCUCGCUGGUUUUGUCAACGGUCUCUUUCUGCUCUUCAUUGCCUUCUUCAUCUUCUCAGAAGCUAUCGAGCGUGCAUUCCAGCCGCCGGAGGUGAAACACGACAGGCUGAUGGUCGUGUCGAUCCUCGGCUUCCUCGUCAACUUGAUCGGCAUCUUUGCCUUCCAGCACGGUGGCGCGAUGCACGGUCACUCACACGGCGGAGAUGGGCAUGGACACAGCCAUGGUGGGCACGGACAUAGUCACGGAGAGGGUGGUUCCGAUCAGCAGAUUCUGCAAGGCGUUCUGCUCCACGUCAUGGCGGACACAUUAGGAAGUGUAGGCGUCAUCAUUUCUUCUUUCCUAAUCCAACAGUUUGGUUGGAUGAUGGCAGAUCCUAUUUGCUCCAUGUGUAUAGCCGUUUUAAUUGCAGUAAGUGUGAUACCAUUGCUACAGACAUCUGUGGGAGUUCUUAUGCAGCGAGCGCCACCCUCUCUUGAUAGCCAGCUGGAUACUUGCUAUCAACGUGUGCAGCAAAUUGAGGGAGUCGUCGGUGUUAAAGACCCGCAUUUCUGGACUCUAUGCAGCAAUGUGUACAUUGGUAGCAUGAGGCUUAUUCUCGUUCCCAACGUAGAUGACGUGUUCCGAGUUACGGAACAGGCUAGGGCGAUCUUUACUCAGGUCGGUGUUCGCCAGCUUAUCAUUCAAGUUGACAAAUCAGAGUAGCAUUCUCAUUGGCCAUCCUAACUUUAUUUUCUGAGUUCCCAUUUAUGCCCACGUUUUAAUGUCAUCAUUGACCUAGCACUAUUGUACAUCAGGAUGACGACUGCUCUUUGAUCUGCUAUUUUGUAUUAGGUACUACUCGUUCCUUCAUAGACGUUUUUGUACAUACGCUAGAUUGAUCCUUGUGAGUUAUUUAUGUUUCCUCCUGCCGUGCCCGUAUGCUGAACUGACAUCA